UCACGAGUGUCGUUUGCCGCCGAGCCCGCACCGCUCACAAACCUCUCUCUCUCUCUCUCUCUCUGUUCCCUCACAGUCCCUCCCUCCCUCCUCCAUCUCUCUCCCUCUCUCUCUCCAUCACACUCUUCCUCACUCUCUGAUGCCUGGUGCACACACACCAGCAUCUCUCCUCUCCUCUCCUCUCUUCCUGCCACAGUCGUCGCUCUGUAACGCGCACACAUUGUCGUCUCUCUACCUUCUCUCACCACACGGACGUCCAACAUCUGGUACUAUUGUUCUUGUAUUUGAAGUACUGACUAAUUCAAGUACACUCUGGAGAAAAAAAAAAGAAGAAAAAGAGCGGGACGAUGAAAACCAAGCAGCUCAGAGAGAUGAAGAAAGAGAGAAUAAUCUGAGGAACAGGAGUAAAGGAAGACGCAUUCUUGUUACCGUCGCACGUCGAAGCUGGAGGACAGUUUGAAUCAGUGGAUGUUUGGAUUAAACUCCUGAAGCUGCUGCACAACUCACGGUGAUGACCUCCAUGACCCUCUGAGUGGAACCAGGAGACACUACCCUGUGGUUGAGCCACAUCCGGCUCUCCUCACUGUCCAGCGUGGCUCAGCCCUCUCCUCUGUGGACCGUAGACCUCGGGGGGGACUGAACCUCACAGAUCCCCAAUGCUAACACGGAACUGUCUGCUGCUGUUCCUCUGGAUCCUGGUCGACGCCGGCUCAGUCUCCUCCUCACGCCCCCCUUCGUCGUCGCUGCUGCUGCUGGGGCGAAGCAGGACGGGCGGGCGGGAGCGCGCCAGGGGUUUGGGGGGCCCGAUGAGAAAUGGACGGGCCGGAUCGCAGCGGGUCAAGAGAGGCUGGGUGUGGAACCAGUUCUUUGUGCUGGAGGAGUACAUGGGCUCAGAACCGCAGUAUGUGGGGAAGCUUCACACCGACCUUGAUAAGGGGGAGAGCGUGGUGAAGUACACUCUCUCUGGGGAGGGGGCCGGCUCCAUUUUCACUAUCGACCAAACCACAGGAGACAUCCACGCCUUACGGAGCCUGGACAGAGAGGAGAAGCCUUACUACACGCUGAGAGCCCAGGCUGUGGACAUCAACAGCAACAGGCCUCUGGAGCCGGAGUCGGAGUUUGUGAUCAAGGUUCAGGACAUCAAUGACAACGAGCCCAAGUUCCUGGAGGGGCCGUACACCGCCAGCGUUCCUGAGAUGUCUCCAGUAGGAACCUACGUGACACAGGUGACGGCCACGGACGACGACGACCCCACCUACGGAAACAGCGCCCGGGUGGUCUACAGCAUCCUGCACGGACAGCCCUACUUCUCUGUGGAGCCCAAAACAGGUGUCAUAAAGACGGCCUUGCCCAACAUGGACCGUGAGGUGAAGGAACAGUACCAGGUACUAAUCCAGGCCAAGGACAUGGGGGGCCAGCUGGGGGGGCUGGCAGGGACCACCACAGUCAACAUCACCCUCAGCGAUGUCAACGACAACCCGCCACGGUUCUCUAAAAGUUUCUUUCACCUACGAGUUCCCGAGUCUUCCGCGGUCGGCUCGGCUGUGGGCAGAAUCAAGGCGCAUGAUCUGGACAUCGGGAAAAAUGCCGAAGUUGACUACAACAUCGUCCCCGGUGACGGGGGAGCCAUGUUUGACAUCACCACCAACAGCCAUAAUCAAGAGGGAAUCAUCAUUCUCAAGAAGCCUCUGGACUACGAAACCAAAAAGUCGUACACCUUUAAAGUAGACGCCUCCAAUUCUCAUCUGGAUCCACGGUUCCAGAGCUUUGGGGCCUUCAAAGACACAGCCACGGUGAAGAUUAACGUUCUGGAUGUGGAUGAGCCCCCGGUGUUCAAUAAGCCUUCGUAUGUGAUGGAUGUGUACGAAGACACGCCUGCAGGCACCGUCAUUGGAGCGGUGACAGCCCAGGAUUUAGACGCCAGCAGCAGUCCAGUCAGGUAUUCCAUCGACUGGAAGAGUGACAUGGACAGCUACUUUGAUAUCGAUCCGGUUGAAGGUACGAUUUCCACCAACGAGCUGCUGGACAGGGAGAGCAUCGCCCAGCACAACAUCUCUGUGGUGGCCACCAAACUCAACAGUCCAGUCCUCAGCAGCCGAGUCGCCGUCACCGUCCACGUCCUGGACAUCAACGAGUUUCCACCUGAACUGUCCGUUCCUUACGAGACCUUCGUGUGUGAAAACGCCAAAACAGGACAGGUGAUUCAAACCUUCAGUGCAAAAGACCAGGAUGUGGCGCCACCUGGACAACAGUUCUCUUUCAAAUCAGUGAAAGAAGAUUCAAAGGGCAACAAGAACUUCACCAUCAGGGACUUUGGGAACAACACAGCUGGGAUCGUAACGAAGCGCAGCGGUUUUCGACGGCGUUUGCAGGAGACCUAUCUCCUCCCUGUGCUGAUCGAAGAUAACGGAUACCCGCCGAAGAGCAGCACCGGAACGUUGACCAUCAGAGUCUGUGGGUGUGAGACGGACGGCUCUCUGUUGACCUGCAGUGCAGAGGCCAUCUUCCUGCCCGUGGGCCUGAGCACAGGAGCGCUGAUCGCCAUCCUCCUCUGCAUCGUCAUCUUAUUAGUCAUCGUGGUCCUGUACGUGGGCCUGAGGCGGCAGAAGAAGAAGGAAACCCUCAUGUCCUCUAAGGAGGACAUCAGGGACAACGUCAUCCACUACGACGACGAGGGAGGCGGCGAGGAGGACACGCACGCCUUCGACAUAGGAACCCUGCGUAACCCCAAGGUCGUCAAGGACAACCUCUUCCGCAGGGACGUAAAGCCAGAGACCAAGAUGGACCGCCGGCCCCCGGUGUCUCAGGACAGCGCCGACAUCCGGGUUUUUAUCAGCCAACGUCUGAAAGAACACGACACGGACAACUCAGCCCCGCCCUAUGACUCGUUGGCCACGUACGCCUACGAGGGCGACGGCUCUGUGGCCGAGUCGCUCAGCUCCAUCGAGUCCCGCACCGUGGACGUCCAGGAGGAGUACGAUUACCUCAGCGAGUGGGGGCCCAGCUUUAAGACACUGGCAGGGAUUUUCGGGGAACAGUCGGAAACUCGGUCGAACUCAACAGCCACAGAGAACACGCACUGACGCUGCACAGUGACUCCAACAGCUGACAUGUAACGACAUCCUUCUGUUUGGGGAACAACGGACGUUUCAUCACAUCUUUUUUUUUCUGAUUUGUUUUCAGUUUUCCACGUCGAUGAUUUGUCUAAUUUGUCUCUGUCCCCCAAGUUGUUAAGAACGUGGAGACGUACAGAUUAUCAGAAGACGGAACGUUAACCUGCCACACCAGGUGGACGUCACUUUUCUCACUACACCUAGGAUGUGAUCUGACCCACAGUACCAGGAACUGUCAGUACGUGGAUGUUACGCUGUUAUCACAGCCAACAGAGUUUCUGCUCUGAGUGGUCUACUGUGCACAGGAAACUGUGGGAUGUGGCCCACUUUAUGCAACAAUGCAGCUCUGCCAGUUUGUAUCUGGGCCAGGCGAAGUGGACUGCAGCCCAGUGACCCAAGGGGCCAAAAUUACAUUGAACAAACAUUAGUCCUUUCUGGCAGAUGUGCAGAUGUGGCCUAGAAUUUCGCCGGGAUCUGUAAUGGUCAGAUGAACCGGCCCACAUGUAGGCUGGAUGAGCUGGCCCUCAGUUCUUCUGGCCCAUAAGUGCUCUCGUCAGACCAGUGGUAGUGCUGUGGGUCACUGCCAAUAUUGAGUCAACAGAUGUGGACCACCCAAGUGCCAACAUUCCACACUGAUAUGUGCCAGAAAUGGGCCACUAGAACUGGGCUGCAUUAGUACCAAUCGGGCAGUAAUGUUUAGUCUGAAGCCAACAUUUUCUGUCCUCUUUCUACAGAAAAUGACUCACAUUUAGAACUAAUGCUUGUAGGUACCACACAGUUCCUGGUACUGUUUUGGAGGCUGCAUGUGGACCUUCCUGUGGUGGAACACCCUCAUUCCCACUGACACACUGUGUCGUCAUUUCCUACAACAUAUUUAUAAGUGCCUCAAUAUAAUUGUUCUGUCACUCCUCACAUGUCAACUGGUUUUCCUCAUCAAGAACUGAUCCAGGAUCCUGAGACUAGGAUUCACCAGGACUUCGGCGCCUCCUGCAGGGGGGGGCCGGGGAAGUCGCCUGAGUUUGGCCAAUGAUGUUUUAAACGUUAUUUAUUCUUCUAUUUAUUUACCUGUGUAUUUAUGUAUUUAUCUCCCAGUCAUGGAUCUGUAUUAGUUUUAUUUUUUUCUGGAGACAUUUCUGGAGUAAUUUUGUAAUUAAAUCCAAGGCCCGUGUGAAAAUGUAUGUUCCUGGUAGGUGGGUCCUGUGAAUAGACUUGUACUAGAGUUGUAAAAAAAAAAAAAAAAGAAGAAGCAGAAGAAGUGAGUUAGGGCUAAAUACAGAAGUGAAGUCAUGUAAAAACAAAAACACUCUUUUUAAAUAAAAACACACUUGGACAAAA